AUGGAGCUGGAUAGUGGCGGUCCCGCAGUUAAUGGCUCAGUCAAACGCGCGUAUCCAUUGCAGUCACUUUGCUCAAUGUCUAGUGGCACUUCUACUAUGUCUUCAGCUGGUCGAGAGUUAGGCGCAUUCGGACCAGGCGUAGGUCCGUGUGGUCCUGACGCAUCGCAAAUUGUUGUCAUUGUUGUCGAAAACCAUAUCCUUUUGAUGUUCUUUUAUGACGAAUGGGCGAGCAAGAUGCAGUUUAUCAAACGUCAUUAUAAACUUCAGAUUUCUGGACAAGGACUAGUGACGCUAGAAUGGGAAGCUGGGGCAGAGACAGAGGAACGCAUGCAGUGUAUCGUGGUUGCUGAAAGAAAUGUGCUCAAGAAAACAUUGGAUAGACAGCCACGAUUAUUUCCAUUUCCUAAAAGUCUGCAUAUUAAGGUUGUGUACGAAGAACCGCAACGUUUACCCGAGUCGGAUCAAUUGCGUUUUCUUCCACCCAAAACGAUUACAACAAGAGAUCUGCAUUCAGUUAUUUCGUCGAAGGAUCCACAAAACAAUGAUUACAGUCCACCAAGAAAGAAAGCCAAUCAUGGAAAAAGGAUGCUUGAGAAGGCAACAAACCCAUCGACAGUGUAUCGAUACUCAUGUUUAUCCGAGUUAGUGGAUGGAUACGCUGAUAUAUACGGUGUCGCUGUCAACAUGACGCUGCCAAAGAAAACCAGUGGACGUGAUUUCUGUAUGACUGUAAGUUUGACUGAUGAGAGCCGUCCCACGCGAGCAGAAGCAAUUCACAUAAAUAUUUUCUAUCCUACAAUCGCGGCAAUGCCCAAGAUAAAGUACGUUGGUGACAUCAUUCGCUUUCACAAAGUUAAAAUUCAGCAAUUUCAGAACAGAAUCCAAGGUCUCAGUCUACAUCGUGCAACGCGAUUUCUUGUGCUCCGAGAACAAGCGACUGGGGACCUUGAGCAGCUUACGAACUCCGAUACCUGGACUUUUGAACCUUCGGAUGAGCAUCGAACGCGUGCACUAAUUGAAUGGGCAAAGAAGAGCAUUGCUGAAGAUAAAUCUUUACCUCAGGGAUAUUCCUUUGCGCCAAAAUUUCUCUCGGAGCUGAAAUAUGCAGAAGGUUUUACCGAUCUGGUAGUGCGAGUUCUACAUCUAGAUGACAAGGCAGAACCAACUCGCUUGAUCAUUUGGGAUGGUUCAGGACUUGCAGCAGAUUCCGACCGAGUUCUGGUACAAAUUUUGCAGGAUGAAGACAUUCCUGUGCCAGUUUACGGAUUACUCAAAGAGGUGGUCAUGUCGUCAUGUUGGUCUGUCGUACGUGAAAUGGGUUUUAUUGACGGGAUGCUCACAAACUGGUGUCGCUUUCGCAACUUGGCAGUCGGAAUCGAUGAGCCUCUUCCUGAAGUUGCUCCCGAAAGAACAAUCACACUGCGUUUCCGAGAGGUGACUUCGUUCGUGUUAAUGCCUGAUUUUGCGCUCGACGUACAACGACGUCUCGUACUCAAUAACUUAACCGCAGGUACAACAAGUGAAGAUCAGAAUUGUGUUCAUUCUCCUACUACAAACGGUUCAAUGAAGGUUAUCACAGUCAUUCCUGAACAUAUUAUCAAAAGUAUUCCAGUCACACCAUUGCGUGAGAUCCUUCGAUCAAAACAAACCCCUCGAAAAUAUCACUGUUGCGCUCAGAUUCGAAGCAUUUGGCCUACUGAGAUCGUUAAGAUAUGCAAGCCGAAAGCUAGCAAUAGCAGCGACUUUAUUUAUUCUUUCGUUCUAGGUGUCCAAGAAGGGAGCGACUAUAUAAAUGUUAUUGUUUACGGCAACGACGCGGAACACUUUCUUCAUGGCAUUCCUCCAUGUGAUUUGAGCAAAAACACAAGCUCGAGUGCAUUGGUGAAAAAGCGCUUUGCUGCGUUAUUAAAUGCUAAUAACGCCUUUCAUUUGUGCAUCAAGUCGUACUUGGCUACAUUGCCUUCAAAAGAGUCUGAUUGUAUUAGCAGAGCUGUUCGAUAUCGUUUGUUUGAUACAUUGCUUCGGUGCACGUAA